CCUCUCUCUCAGGUUGAAACUGAAUGAAUAAAAAAACGUUUUGACAGCAGUUAGUUUGGCACUGGGGUUGAAGCUGAACAAAAACGAGUUCGCUUGAAAAUUAUACAAGCGAUAGUUUGUUUUGUUCCUGAAACAUAAAGAAUGGUUUCUAUUUCUAUGUUAUAAUUGGACAGUUUAGAGUUUUGAAUUUAUUCGAAUAAAACGAAUUUCGCUGAAGGAAUGAGAUGGCGCUUGUUAGCAACAACAUCGACCAAUGUAGCUUUUGUUCUGAUGUAUGCAACGAGGAAUUACGUUACGCACUUGUUCCCACUCAUCUUCAAGAGCAGAAAUUAAAAACUAUUCUGCAGAAGUUGAGCGGUCUCGCCUUCCAGCUAAGCAGCUACCCUACGUGCGAUAAAUGUCGUCAAGAGUUCAUAACCGUCCACAACUUUCCCGAGAGCUGCUUCCUAAUUUUGACCAGCGCUGAAUCGACUGCCAUCAAAAUGGAACCAGAGUUAAUGAUUGAUGACCACAAGCUGUCGAAUAAUGAUAACAUUUUCAAGACAGCCCCAAUUGAACAGGAAGCCGAAACUCAAGUCAAGGGACAAAAUGGGGAGCUAUUCUCCAUCAGAGAAAUGGACGAAGCAGACGACAUUUUAUUGAUUCCGGUUGCAAUAACAAAUACACAAAGAAAAGGAGAGAACCCGUUCAAAUGUGACAAAUGUGGAAAAACAUUUUACACAAAAUUUAAACUCAAAGAGCACUUUCGAAUUCAUACGGGCGAACGUCCCUAUUCUUGUCCACAUUGUUCGAAGGCGUUUAUACGUACUUCCGCGCUCAAACUUCACAUUCGAAUUCAUACUGGUGAACGUCCCCAUUCUUGUUCACAGUGUCCAAAAGCGUUUGUGAGUGCUUCGAGCCUACGACACCACAUUCGAACUCAUACUGGUGAGCGUCCCUUUUCUUGUCCCCAUUGCCAAAAGACGCUUAUGGAUGCUACAAAGCUCACGCAGCACAUUCGAACUCAUACGGGUGAACGUCCCUAUUCUUGUCCACAUUGCCCAAAAACGUUCAACAAGCCUUCGACGCUGCAAUGUCACAUUCGAACUCAUAUGGAUGAACAUCCUUUUUCUUGUCCACAUUGUACUAAAACUUUUAGGCAAACUUCACAUCUCCAACAACAUAUUCGAACUCAUACGGGUGAACGUCCUUAUUCUUGUCCACAUUGUCCAAAGACGUUCAAACAGUCUUCGAUCCUGCAGUGUCACAUUCGAACUCAUACGGAUGAACAUCCCUUUCUCUGUCCACAAUGUCCGAAGGCAUUUAAGCGUUCUAAAACGCUCAAACGGCACGUUCAAACCCAUUCUUUUGCUGAUGAAGGUCCCUAUUCAUGUCCACAUUGCCCAAAAGCGUUCAAACAGUCUUCGACGCUGCAAUGUCACAUUCGAACUCAUAUGGAUGAACGUUGCUAUUCAUGUCCACAUUGUCCUACAACUUUUAGGUGUAAUUCAAAUCUCAAACGACACAUUCGAACUCAUACGGGUGAACGUCCCUAUUCUUGUCCACAUUGUCCAAAAGCGUUCAAACAGUCUUCGAUCCUGCAGAGUCACAUUCGAACUCAUACGGAUGAACGUCCCUAUUCUUGUCCACAUUGCCCAAAAGCGUUCAAACAGUCUUCGAUCCUGCAGUGUCACAUUCGAACUCAUACGGAUGAACAGCCCUUUCCCUGUCCACAUUGUCCGAAGGCGUUUAAGCGUUCUAAAACGCUCAAACGGCACGUUCAAACCCAUUCUGAUGAACGUCCCUAUUCUUGCCCACAUUGCUCAAAAGCGUUCAAACAGUCUUCGAUCCUACAGUGUCACAUUCGAACUCAUACGGAUGGACGUCCCUAUUCAUGUCCACAUUGCCCAAAAGCGUUCAAACAGUCUUCAACGCUGCAAUGUCACAUUCGAACUCAUAUGGGUUAAUAAAACAUGUUUAGUAUAACGCGA